AUGGCACUGCCAAGGAGAAUCAUCCUGGUGCGGCACGGGGAGAGCAUGGGGAACCUCGAUAUGGCCGCCUACAGCACGACGCCGGAUUAUCGCAUCCCCCUGACGCCGCUCGGGGUUCAGCAGGCGCGCGCCGCCGGGAUGAACAUCCGGGAUCUCCUCUCCUCCGCCUCCGUCGGCGACUGGAAGGUGUACUUCUACGUGUCCCCUUACGAGCGCACCCGCUCGACGCUGCGCGAGCUGGGGCGGGCCUUCCCCCGCCGCCGCGUCGUCGGCGUCCGCGAGGAGUGCCGCAUCCGCGAGCAGGACUUCGGCAACUUCCAGGUGGAGGAGCGCAUGCGAGCCAUCAAGGAGACCCGCCAGCGCUUCGGCCGCUUCUUCUUCCGCUUCCCCGAGGGCGAAUCCGCCGCCGACGUCUUCGACCGCGUCGCCAGUAGGAACCCUGGAAACCGUCGCCAUGAAUAUUCGCUCGCUCAUUGUUUUCAGUGGGGGGGUUGACUUUGAGCUCGGGAGUUGCAGGUUUCAUGGAGACGCUGUGGAGGGACAUCCACAUGAGGCGGCUGAACCAGGAGGAAGGGCGGGAGAUGAACCUGGUGAUCGUUUCCCACGGGUUGACCUCACGGGUGUUCUUGAUGAAGUGGUUCAAGUGGACGGUGGAGGAGUUCGAGAGGCUAAACAAUCCCGGCAACUGCGAUGUAAGGGUGAUGGAGCUCGGCCCCUGCGGGACCGAGUACAGCCUCGCAGUCCACCACUCCACCGAGGAGCUCGAGAGCUGGGGACUCUCGCCGGAGAUGAUCGCCGACCAGCGGUGGCGCGCCGCCGCUUGCCGCGGUCCCUGGUCUGAUGAUUGUCCCUCCUACUUGGACGGCUUCCUCGACCUUCUCGACGACGACGACGACGAAGGUGGCGGCGACGAGGACGAAGGCGGCGCCGCCAGAGAGGGGUGCCGCCCCAUCGAGAGCUCUUCCUCGGGUUGA